AUGGCGGAGGGCGGCCAGCCCCCGCAGCAGCAGCCACAGCAGCCACAGCCGCAGCUCCUGGCCGGCGGCGGCGCGGGGUCCGCCCGCGGCGUGAAGCGGGAGCCGGAGCUGGAGCAGCCCAUGCCCGGCGGGGACGGCGCGGAGGGCGGCCACAGCAAGCGGCUGCGGACGGAGGCGGAGGCCGACGGCGGCGGCAUGCAGAACGAGCCUCUGACUUCAGGUUAUCAUGGCUAUCCAGCAAGAGACAAUCAAGGUAACCAGGAGCCAUCAGCAACUCCUGAUGCAAUGGUGCAGCCAUUCACCACAAUCCCAUUUCCACCACCCCCACAGAAUGGAAUUCCCACAGAGUAUGGGGUGCCACACACUCAGGACUAUGCAGGCCAGACCAGCGAGCACAAUCUGACGCUCUACGGAAGCACGCAGCCGCAUGGGGAGCAGAGCACGAACACGGCCAGCACGCAGAACGGAUCUCUUGCACAGACAGAAGGAGGGGCACAGACGGAUGGACAGCAAUCACAGACACAGAGCAGUGAGAAUACUGAGAGCAAAUCCACUCCAAAACGACUUCAUGUGUCUAACAUUCCCUUCCGCUUUCGAGAUCCUGACCUUCGGCAGAUGUUUGGGCAAUUUGGCAAAAUCCUUGAUGUAGAGAUAAUCUUUAAUGAGCGUGGCUCGAAGGGAUUCGGGUUCGUAACUUUCGAGAAUAGUGCUGAUGCAGACAGGGCCAGGGAGAAAUUACACGGCACCGUGGUAGAGGGCCGUAAAAUCGAGGUUAACAAUGCCACUGCGAGAGUGAUGACCAAUAAGAAGAUGGUCACACCUUAUGCAAAUGGUUGGAAGUUGAGUCCUGUGGUUGGAGCGGUGUACGGCCCUGAGUUAUAUGCAGCAUCCAGCUUUCAAGCAGAUGUCUCUCUGGGCAAUGACGCUGCAGUGCCCCUGUCAGGAAGGGGGGGUAUUAACACUUACAUUCCUUUAAUCAUUCCAGGCUUCCCCUAUCCAACUGCAGCCACCACAGCGGCCGCGUUUCGGGGCGCCCAUCUGAGGGGCCGAGGAAGGACAGUGUACGGGGCAGUGCGGGCAGUUCCUCCCACGGCCAUCCCUGCCUACCCAGGUGUGGUUUACCAGGACGGAUUUUACGGUGCUGACCUCUAUUUGACUGAAGAAAUGUUAACAUCCCGCUCUAAAUCUCUCAGUGGAGUCUCUGUUCCCUUCUCUGAUAUAACAGAUGGGGUGGAUAUGCAGCCUACAGAUAUGCACAGCCUGCUACUGCAACAGCAGCCACGGCCGCUGCAGCCGCUGCAGCAGCUUACAGCGAUGGUUAUGGCAGGGUGUACACAGCAGAUCCUUACCAUGCCCUUGCCCCUGCCGCUAGCUACGGAGUUGGCGCUGUGGCGAGUUUAUACCGAGGUGGCUACAGCCGAUUUGCCCCCUACUGAAGUGACGUGAGCCCCCUGCUAGCGGGACAGCCCCCCCAGUUCAUGAGGCCUGGCUAUUGCAAUAUUUACUAGUAGAGGAACUCUAUAGCAAGUCGAGGAGGAAAAACAAAAAAAAAAACAAAAGAGAAAAUACUUUUUUAUACCUCACUAUGUUCUUCAAAUAUGUAUUUUUUUUCCUUUAAAUUUCUGCCUUUAAUUCUUUUGUUCCAAAGAUUGUGCUCUUUUUUUUUGUUUGUUUGUUUUUUGUUUUUAUUUUUGGGAUUUUUUUAACUGUGGUAAAAAUAAUGCAUUUCCGUGUCUGUAUGUUGGUGCAUAGCUUAUCCUACCAAUCACGGAAAAGGCGAUUAGCGAUAAGGAAAGCUGUUAGAAGCUGAUAUCAUGCAAUUAAUCAGGAACACGCAGCCAGAGUUACUUCCCUGGGUCUGGUGCUUGGUGCCUGUGAGACAGGAGGACGUGAGGGAGAAGUCUCCACCUGCCGUGUUUCUGGUCUGCAGAAGGAAGCACUCUUUGGCUGUGGCUGGGACCUGAAUGCUGGUGGGAAAUAGUGAUUUACAUUUGGAAAUGGGGGAAAUGCAGAGACUUUCUUUGUUUCUAUCACCAUCUGACGCUCACAGGUUUGUGACAGUUACAGCAGUGUCAGAACUUUAGACUUCGCAAGAGAAGAGUCCCUCAACCUGCCCAAAGACUUCAGCUGUUACCUGCUCUAUAGGGGACAAGACUUUGAAAGGAGUUUUUGAUAAGGAUGAUCUUUUCCCUACACACAGAACUUUUACUCACUGAUUUUUGUCUGCUGCAGGUGGCUGUAAUUGUCAUAGUUUUCAUUCCUCCUUUUGAAGAUCUUUCUCUCUUGCUGUCCCUUUCCACCCCUUCAUCCCUCGAGGAGUGGCAGAUGCAGUGCAGGAUCAUGCAGAGUACCUCUGUUGUGGACAGCAAGUGAUUAAACGUGGGGAGGUGAAGCACCUACAAGCUUGCAGAAGAAGAAAGCGAGCAGAAGAGUCGAGCGUGGCACAUGCUCUGAGGCCCAGCCUGCAGGGGCUCUGCUGCUGCUCAUCCUGGGCUGCUUAGGUGCUUCUGCAAGUAAUCUAUUUCAAAUAACGUGAGUGAGGAUAAACCAGGCACGCAUAAGCUGCUCGAGGUGAAGGACAAGCUUGUGGGUUUGUGUGGGGGAGGAGGAUCUUUUGUAUCUAAAUGUGAUCCUGAAGUAGUUUUGUAUCGCAGAAGCAGUUCAUGCAAGCUCUGAAUUCAUAGGAACUUCUUACCACAAGCUAUUUCAGGCCCUUCCAUAGCUGCAUUGGAGCCCCGGGUUUGUUUGCCCAGCUUCUCACAAAAAGUUGUGCACCUGGUCUGCUGAGUCCGUAUAGACACUACAUAUUAGAAGACUUGGAAGGAUAGAAACUAUUUAGCUGAGAGGUCCACGCCUCCCAAGACCAUCUCCCUUCUGCUCUCACAGACAGAGAAUUCGCUGUGUUUCAAAGACAGCACACUUAGAUGACUGUGAGCUGUGAUGUGAUGUGGAGUUGCUGCUCUCCAGAUCUCCCUGUUCAGCUGCUGGCUCAUAGAGUGCUCCCAGUAAACCCAGUGGUCAGAGGCAGGCUCUAAUUGCAUGCUGGAGAGAUGCAGAAGUGUGAUUGUACCGGGCUGCCUCGACUCCAUGCAUUGGUGCUGGGGUGAGCCCUGCCCUCAGAAGGGCAGCUCAGAGUAUGGAUUUGUUGGCGGAGCCUCUCCAGCUCCUGUCGAACACCUGCUUUUCCAUCCACCACUGAUACAGAAUAGGAAAAUUCCUGCAUUUAACACUAAGCAACAUCAGCAAGCAGAGGUCUCGCUCCUGGGGGAGUGUCCUGGUCCAGC